UGCACGCUAACGAGACGAGAAUGGAGACCCUAGUGAAACUGAAUUCGCAGACAGCCGGUAGAGACAAACUUGCAAGAUUGUUGCAAUAUCUUAGCCGAAUAAUAUGGCACUCCUUGAAGACCAGGAACAAAACUGGGGUGGAUAGCAUUAAAAACAUAGAAUUUCAAUUGAGCACCUUCCGCAAAUUGUUGAGAUUUGGUCGCUUUGCUGAUACUCUAUACACAGCCAUACAUCAAAACCAUAAAGCUACUGCCAAGCAUUCUGUAUCCAUCAUAAGCAAAGUGUACUCAUCUUUUUUCUUAUUUGCUGAUCACAUGCUAUGGCUGGGAAGGGCCGAUGUUUGUAAAGUCGACACGGACAAAUGGAGCCGACGUUCAAAUCAGUACUGGCUAUAUUCCAUAGCCUUCAAUCUGAUUGUGGAUUUCAUGCAGAUCUGCACGGUUUUAUCGAAUAACAGGAGCCGCAUUUUGCCGAAGCAGGGUUUGAAGGGAGCUUCGGACGUUGGGCAGAUUUGCUCGAAAAGCGUGAAAUGCUUGCAGGAGAAUCGUGGUCUCGUCGUUGACACUGUCAAGAAUGGUUGCGACUUCUUCAUCCCUUUGAAUGCAUUGGGACACGUGAAAUUAUCACCUGGAACGGUGGGAUGGCUCGGAGUUGUCUCAUCCUUGGCAGGAUUAAUCGUACUUAUUGAUCCAAGAGCGAAAUUAAAUUAAAUUUCCUCUCAAUAGUUUGGUGAUGGACUUUUAUAAAACUGGUGUUGUGAUAGCGUACGUUCAAAUCAAAUUGUUCUUUAUUUUACUAUUUAUAUGUUUUAAUCAAUUUAUAUGUACAUAAAUGAAGGUUGUUGUAUAAGUGUUUUCAUGCUGAAUGGAAUUGGAUUUUAUAUUGUUUGUAUUACUUGUUAGAAUUCAAUAAAUGUUUAAAAAUGAAA